CCCGAGUCGCAAUGAGCUCACUGAUAGGGACCCCGCGGCGCACCGGCGGCGGGGUUUUCCCAUGCGAAGAAAAUCGACCCGACCUAAAUUACUGCGGUAAUUGUCAGCGCCUCGGCCGAGUUUGUCAGCGAGGUCCGAUUGAUUAAUUAAUGAUUAUGUUGGAUUGAUGGAAGUGGGAAUGGAGUCAGAGGAAGUGAGAUGAUAAGAGAUCUGAUCUGGAUCGAGAGUCGGAUUUUAUUCCAAUGCAACUACAUGAUUGACUCUAUACUUAACUUUGCCUAGGCAAACAAUUGAAACUCCGAUUCGGCACUCCAAGAUCCUCUGCCGCCGUUGCAUCCGCGUCCCUGCAUCCCACGCGGUUUAAUCACCAGCUUUACGGAUCCAGCACCACCAUCACCUCUACUCAAAAUAUUUGUUUCCCUUUGCGCCACCUCGGCAAACACAAUCAAUCAAGAUCAGAUACUUGCGAUUUUUCUAUAGCUUAAUUGGUUCAUAAUAACCGCCGAAAACUUGUGCAGAACAAUAAUCCUCCGAGAAAGCCGAGCUGUCGACGGAACCCUUUCCGAUCUCAGAGGAGUCAUAAGCAGAGACGCAGGGAGCCAAGACUCCCUUUCGGUCCUACUCAGCACCCUUAUAUACGACACACACGUGCAAAAAAAUACACACAAUGCCUUCCACAGACAGCAUACCAAAGUCAAAUUUUGACGCGAUCCCAGAUGUGAUCCAAGCAUUCAAAAACGGCGAGUUCGUAGUCGUGCUAGACGACCCCUCGCGCGAGAACGAAGCCGACCUGAUCAUCGCCGCCGAGUCGGUAACGACGGAGCAGAUGGCCUUCAUGGUGCGGCACUCGUCGGGGCUGAUCUGCGCCCCGCUGACGCCGGAGCGCACCACCGCCCUCGACCUGCCGCAGAUGGUGACGCACAACGCCGACCCGCGCGGCACCGCCUACACCGUCUCGGUCGACGCCGAGCACCCCUCCACCACCACCGGCAUAAGCGCGCACGACCGCGCCCUCGCCUGCCGCAUGCUCGCCGCUCCCGACGCCCAGCCCUCGCACUUUCGCCGCCCGGGCCACGUCUUCCCCCUCCGCGCCGUCGCGGGCGGCGUCAGGGCCCGCAGGGGCCAUACCGAGGCCGGUGUAGAGCUGUGCAGGCUGGCGGGCAAGAGGCCCGUCGCUGUCAUCAGCGAGAUUGUCGACGAUGGGCAAGAGGUCGAGGGCCGGGCCGUGCGUGCCGCGCCGGGCAUGUUGAGGGGUGAUGAGUGCGUGGCGUUUGCGCGGAGGUGGGGCCUCAAGGUCUGCACUAUCGAGGAUAUGAUUGCCCAUGUGGAAAAGACAGAGGGGAAGCUCGAGACGAAUGGGUCGGGUUGAUGGGUUGCAUGGUUUGGCUGGUUUGGUCUGUUGGAAAGGGGGGAUAGGGGUAAGAGGGUUGUGAAGUUGGAUAAUGAAUGGACGAAAAGAAACCUCGCAGGGAGCAUAAUACUUCAUAUCACCUUCCUUCACUUCGGCGGCGGUAUCAUCCGCUUCGUGAGGACGAGACUGAAGCAUUACUAUGGCUGGAAUGCUAUACCGUGCAUCGUUAGGUCAGCCGCGAGAUACUAGUGCUAUAUAUAAAUAUAUCAGACCGGCAGGAAGAAUGGAAAUCAAGGAGCCGGUCUACGCCGCGAGGCAACCAGAUUAUGAUAUUAUCUACUCUACACAAUAUCUAGACUAGAUAUUUGCCUGCAUACUCUCUACGCCCCAUCGCGGUGUUCACAGGGUAGUAUAUUGGAUAAUGUGACGUCCCUUUGUCUCCUGGAAUCGAACUAGGGAACCUGCCAAUAUGUCCGACCACCCACUACAAAGCCCUUCCUCCUGGAGGACCGGUAUACCAAAAAUGCCGCAAAGAAAG